AUGCUAAGUAUCCCAGUACAACCGCUAUCGGUUGGCGAAUUUGAAAAAUAUGGCUCUAUUGUAUCUCCGGAGGAGGAGAUCCACAAGCUCGGCUCUCAAGCCACUAAGGGUGCUAACCAGGGCACUGCCAUCAAAAUUUUAAAAGUGAGUCGGAAUCAAAACCUUUUCCCAACAGAAUGCGAUGUCAGGGCCUCUCAUUGGAACCUAUUCCGCUGUUUCCCACGCCCUCAUCUGAAAAGAAGCUUUUUAGAGUACUCCACCAACGAUCUGGUUCAACACGACAUCAAGGUACUGGAAAAACACCCUAAUAGUUCACAAACGUUCGUACCUAUGGGCCGCGAUGCCAAUGCUCUGGCGUAUCUAGUAGUUGUGGCUUUAUCAGACGAACAAGACGAACCAGACUUAUCCACGUUGCGGGCCUUCACUUGUAAAGGAACUCAGGCCGUAACAUAUGGUGCGGGUGUUUGGCACGCUCCAAUGAUCGCUCUUGGGCCACAAGAUUACCUAGAUUUUUCGGUGGCCAUAUACGAAUUAGGUGAUGAUUCUGAACCAGAGAUGGACCUGGUCGAAAGAUUUUAUCCAGAUGGCGAAAUGCUUGUUGCUCUUAACGCAGUGUAA